AUGGAAAAGACUCCGUCUUUAGUUGUAACCAGCCCUAAUGUUAAAUAUACGGAUGAAUAUAUUUAUUCAGAUUACCAAUAUGAAGAAACAUUAGUCACUAAAAACGGUGACGACCUGAUCGCAAAACCGAUCCGCAAAACACUAAGUAUCCGGACCGAACGUAAAGUGGGGAAAGUGGGGGUGAUGCUUGUAGGAUGGGGCGGAAAUAAUGGGUCCACCUUCACAGCAGCUGUUCUUGCUAAUCGACACCAGCUUUCAUGGAACACUAAGAACGGACAGAUGGAUUCUAAUUGGGUGGGCUCCAUCACGCAAGCGUCUACAGUGCGUCUCGGUAUGGACGAGAAAGGGAACGAUGUCCACAUACCGAUGUGUAAUCUUCUUCCAAUGAUACAUCCUGAUGACUUAGUGAUCGACGGUUGGGACAUAAGCCCUCUAAAUUUGGCCGAAUCCAUGGUGCGCGCCAAAGUUAUCGACUACGAUCUUCAACAAAAGCUAAAGAAAGAAAUGAGCACUAUGAAGCCAAGACCGGCCAUUUAUGACCCUGACUUUAUCGCUGCUAACCAGUCUGAUCGUGCGACGAAUCUGAUCCGAGGCACCAAACACGAGCAGUACCUACAAGUACGUGCCGACAUCAAGAGCUGCCGCGACAAGAACAAGCUGGACCAGAUCAUUGUCCUGUGGACAGCCAACACUGAGAGGUUCUGCGAAAUUCGCGAGGGAGUACACGACACAUCAGAGAACUUGGAGCGUGCGCUACGGGACAAUGACUCGGAAAUAUCUCCCUCCACCAUCUUCGCUAUGGCAGCCAUCGAUGAAAAUUGCAUAUACAUAAACGGGUCGCCACAAAACACUCUGGUGCCGGGGCUGGUGCAGCGCGCCGAGCAGCGCGGCGUGUUCGUGGCGGGCGACGACUUCAAGUCGGGACAGACCAAGCUCAAGUCGGUGCUCGUCGACUUCCUCGUCUCUGCUGGUCUCAAACCGGUGUCAAUUGUGAGUUACAACCACCUGGGCAAUAACGACGGCAAGAACCUGUCUGCUCCCAAACAGUUCAGGUCCAAAGAGAUCAGCAAAAGUAAUGUCGUGGAUGACAUAGUGGAAUCUAACCCCAUCCUGUACAAGCCGGGCGAGAAGCCUGACCAUGUUGUAGUCAUCAAAUACGUGCCAUAUGUGGGUGAUUCGAAGCGCGCGAUGGACGAGUACACGUCGGAGAUCCUGCUGCACGGCACCAACACGCUGGUGGUGCACAACACGUGCGAGGACUCGCUGCUGGCCGUGCCGCUCAUACUCGACCUGGUGCUGCUCGCCCAUCUUUUCGCCAGGAUGGCCUUCCGCGAGGGAGAUAUGACCACCUGGAGCUCGAUGCACGCGGUGCUGUCGCCGCUGUCGUACCUGCUGAAGGCGCCGCUGGUGCCGGCCGGCGCGCCCGUCGUCAACGCGCUGUUCAAGCAGCGCGCCAACAUCGAGAACAUUCUACGCGCCGCGCUCGCGCUUCACCCCAACCACCACAUGCAGCUCGAACACAAGAUUCCGUUCCUCAUGUCCGAGCUACACAGCGGCGCGCUGUUCAAUUCCCCCCCUCACAAGAAGCAAAAGGUGGCUCACGAGAACGGAGACCAGUGA